AUGAGCAGAAACAAAGAUACAGUUCACGCCGAUGCGAGUCGCUUCCUCGAUGAGCGCGGCUCAAACGUCUCGGUCGCGCCAAACGGCCUCAAUCCUGCGACCAUUAUGGAAAAGGCCGUCAAGGAUCGCGUCGUCGACUCAUACUUUUACAAGGAACAGUGCUUUGCGCUAAACGAAGCCGACAUCGUCGAUCGCGUCGUCGAGCACGUCAAUUUCAUCGGCGGAACAUCCGGAGUCACACAAAAGCCCAGCCCGUUCCUAUGCCUCGCCUUCAAGCUUCUCGAACUCUCGCCCAGCGAUGCGGUGCUCCAGGAGUACCUAACAUACGGCGGAGAAGCUUUCAAAUACCUGCGCGCGCUUGCGUGCUUCUACUAUCGACUUACGCGGCAAGCGAAAGACGUCUACGCGAUGCUGGAGCCGUUUCUGGAGGACAGGCGCAAGUUAAGACGGAGAGGCAGGGCGGGUGUGACAUUGACAUAUAUGGACGAGUUCGUGGACGAGCUGUUGACGAAAGAGAGAGUUUGCGGUACAAGUUUAUGGAAGAUGCCAAAACGAGAGGUGCUGGAAGACUUGGAGAUUCUUGAGCCGAGAGUUAGUCCUCUUGGUGAUCUCGAGGAUCUUCUUGAGGAGGAGGAUGAAGCAGAAAAAGAGAACGGAACAAGGGAAGAGUCCGGAGAGAUUUCGGAGAGGGAUGAGAUGGAUGUCGAUCGCGAUGAGAGGAGAAGAAGUCGGAGUCGAAGCAGCAGUCGAAAUCGGAGCCAAAGUCGCAGCCGGAGCCGCUCACCUUGA